AUGGCAUCAUGGAGAGAGGGUACUAAGGCAGAAUAUGACCCAUACAUUAGGAAAUGGUUAGACUUUUGUAUGAAGGUUAAGUGUGACCUUGUUACUCCUCCAGUCCCAACUGCCAUUGAUUUUUUAGCAAGCUCUUUUGAUGGAGGCCUUUCAUAUGCUUCUGUCAAUACAGCUUGUAGUGCACUGUCAUAUGUCUUACUCAUUGAAAAUAGCAAGAUACCUUUUGGUCAGUUACCGCCGGUCAAACACUUCGUGAAAGGCAUCUUCGAACUGAAACCAUCCUUGCCUAGAUACCGUACAGUCUGGAACGUUAGUACAGUGUUUAAUUAUCCUCGUUGCCAACCAAAUAUUGCUGAUUUGUCGUUGAAAGACUUAUCUCUAAGACUGACCUUAUUAUUAUUAUUACUAAGUGGGCAACAUUGCCAAACUGUUUAUUAUUUCACUAUGGAUAAUAUGGAGCUCUCAGAAGACAAAUGUGUUUUCAAGGUCACUGACAAGGUCAAACCAGGAAAGGAUAUCAUAUUCCACCCAUCAUCUAUGAGCAUUAUCCCCAUGAAAGAAGGUUAUGUCCAGUAG